AAUGAUUUUAAACUAGUCUGCCGAAGUUGGGACGUGGGAGUGUUCAGUCAUUCCGUUUUUAUCGGACUACAAAAGCAAUACAUGUGGUUUUUUUUUAGCUGUCAUUUUGGCCAGAUUAGCUACACUAUCUAGCUACUUCUCUUUUACUUAUUACUAUGCCACAUGUUUUUUGUUAAAUAACUAACCUAUCUGAGAAGACAACAACUCCGAAUGCAUCCGGUUUUCAGAGAUACACCAUUGCACUGGAUUCACAUCGGUUCGUCGUUACUUUAGCCAGCCUACAUUGGCAUGUCAAGGUGACAUGCAUAUUCCAGAUGGUUAUUUCUCAAUUGUUCCCACUUUUACAAGUUUUAACUAGCGCCAUGCUGCUGCUGUUAGCAUAAUAUAGCUGGUUUGGACUCAGCAGGACGACUCGACUGUCUGAACCGAAUACAUUCGUUUCCACUCGACUCCCAGUUUCAGCUGCGCAAUCUACGUCAUUUUCGGCACCAGGCGUUUCCGUAUAGCCUCUCCCAACGAAAAUGCACAACUUUAGCUACCUAUGUAUAUCAUUUGUUUAUGAAUUUGAGUAUUUCAUUUAGCUAAACAUUAUUGCUUGCACCAGGACCAUGAAAUGGGAACGUCUCGCGUGCUUCCAAUGACCACACGAAUGAGUUUGAACUAGCCAUGUGGUUCUUCAGCAGCUAAGCUAGCUAGCGUUACUCACAUAGCCGCUAUUACUCGUGCAAACAUCGCCACUAGUUUGUGAUGGACUUUACAGAGGAAGAAGAAAUGGAGACAAGUUGUGAAAAACAAGCCUGGGGUAGGGAGGACCUGAUAAAGCUCCUGCAUGGUAUCAAAGAAAACAUUCCCAAAGGUGACAUGAGUAUUUACACUAAAGGGGAGAGGACACUGAAGUGGGACAAGGUGGCUUUCGGUUCCUACUCUCCACAGAUGUGUCAUCAGAAGUGGAAGGAGCUAUCAAAAAAGGUGCGCAAGAUACGUUCUCUAACAGAGCUGGUCACUGAAGCUGAGGUUGCCUUUGAAAACCCUUUCCAGGGCAAGAACUGGAGGAUACACCCUGACUUCCCAAGGAGACCUACCCCGCCAAACAGCAUCUUCUUCAGAGAAAACCAUGAAACGUUUGAGAAGCAGCAGCCUGAAAUGACAACUUCUGAGCUCUUUAAGUUAAUCAGAGGGAAGUAUAAUGAGCUCCCAGAGCACGAGAAGGCUAAAUAUGUUGCGACAUUCCAGAAAGAGAAGGAAAUGUAUGAGAAAAGCAUGAGGAAGUUCAGGAAAGAGUACUCUGGGGGGAAGAAGGUACGGAGAGACUGUUUAAAGAAUAUGAGUGAGCCCCUCACACCCCACGGGCUCUGGUACCGCCACGAGAGGAGGAUAUUCCUUCAAGCCAACCCAGAUAAAAAAGUAGACUGUAUCAGGCAGAGUAUUGAGCAGAAGACGCGUUGGUCCAAGCUACCUGACAAGGAGAAACUCAAGUGGAUCAAUCGCUCUCUGGAGCAGCAGACACAGUAUGAGGAGGAGGAGAUGGAGGAGCACCCAGAGAAUAACGGGAGUCGGAAGGCCAAGCAUAAGCCGCUUCUGCGCCACAGUGCGAGACUGUUGAAGGACUUGGCAGACGGCAAGCCUGACAAACCCCCAUCGAAGGGUUACAACCUUUUCUGUAAGGAACAGAAAGCCACCAUACAGGGAGAGCGAGUCCCUAACACCCAGUAUUUGAUGAUUUGCUCCCAGCGCUGGAAAGCAAUGACACAGAGUAAAAAGGAAGCCUACCAGAGACGCUGUGACAAGUUAAAGAAAGAAUACGUGGUCAACUUGAACCGAUUUUUGUGUACUGUGACAGAUAAGGAGCAGCAGCGCAUUCUAUUGGAGAACAGGAAACUCAUGCAGACCUCAAAGUUGGUUGCACAAAAAGGGAAGAAAAAUACGUUUCAAGGCGAGCCCAAGAAACCACCUCGGUGGGGUCACACAGUAUUUUACAGCGAGAAGAUGGCGGAGCUGAGAGCCAAGUCGAACCACCUCAGCUCCAGGAAGUGCAUGGCCAUGGUCAGCCCACUGUGGAAGAAGCUGGCCCAGAAGGAACAGGAGCACUACCAGAGAACAGCCCAGGAGAGGGCUAGGGAGUACCAAGUAGAGCUACGCAGCUGGUUUAAUACCAUGUCCACAAAGGAACAGGCAAAGUACUUGGAUCAAAACCCAAAUAAAUUGAAAAUCCUCGACAACCCAGAGCAGGGAUACAUGGCAAAGAAGGGCAGGACAUCAGACUCAGAGGAUCACAUCGACACAUCCAGUGAUGAAGAUGACUCUGAGACUGUGACAGAUAAGGCGCAGCAGCGCAUUCUAUUGGAGAACAGGAAACGCAUGCAGACCUCAAAGUUGGUUGCACAAAAAGGGAAGAAAAAUACGUUUCAAGGCGAGCCCAAGAAACCACCUCGGUGGGGUCACACAGUAUUUUACAGCGAGAAGAUGGCGGAGCUGAGAGCCAAGUCGAACCACCUCAGCUCCAGGAAGUGCAUGGCCAUGGUCAGCCCACUGUGGAAGAAGCUGGCCCAGAAGGAACAGGAGCACUACCAGAGAACAGCCCAGGAGAGGGCUAGGGAGUACCAAGUAGAGCUACGCAGCUGGUUUAAUACCAUGUCCACAAAGGAACAGGCAAAGUACUUGGAUCAAAACCCAAAUAAAUUGAAAAUCCUCAACAACCCAGAGCAGGGAUACAUGGCAAAGAAGGGCAGGACAUCAGACUCAGAGGAUCACAUCGACACAUCCAGUGAUGAAGAUGACUCUGAGGAUGAUGAACAUAUGAUGGAAAAGGAGAAUUGGUCAGGGUGCUCCAGUAUUAGCUCCAGUUCCGAAGAGGACUCCGAUACGGAAUGAUACACACUGUCCAUAACCUAAUGACUGAAUUAAUGUCAUUGACACUUGUCCCAAUACACUCGUGUGUUUAUUUUGAUCCUUGGCCUUUUUUUUUGUUGCCUUCAUUUAACUAGGCAAGUCAGUUAACAAGAAAUUCUUAUUUUAAAUGAUGGCCUAGGAACAGUGGGUUAACUGCCUUGUUCAGGGGCAGAAUGACAGAUUAUUUUUACCUUGUCAGCUCGGGGAUUCGAUCUUGCAACCUUUCGGUUACUUGUCCAACACUCUAACCACUAGGCUACCUGCCGCCCUUUUCAGAUGGUGUGAGGAAAUGCAUCCUUCAUUCCUCCCUUCUUUGAAGAAAUCACAGAUCUGAAAUGAGCUCCAUUUUCUUUAAGAGGACUCUGAUUCAGAACGAUGCACACUGCCCAUAACCCAAUGUCACUGUUCUUGCUCGUUGGAGAUCGAAGACUAAUGGGACUACCUCAUUCUCCCUUUCUUCGGGAGGAGGGACUCUAAGGUCAAUAUUCUAGUUCUUGAUAUUCAGUAUAUAUCACAAGAUUCUUAACACAAUUCAAAAUUUUAUUGGCUUGUGUUGCCAUUUGUUGACUGUUCAGAAUAAAAUGUUACAUGAGUUGAAAUGUUUCCACUGCUUUAUGAUUUUGGUUAAGGGACUGCCUAGACAGUUUUAUUGCUUGAACAUUGAGUAACAGUGACACAACAUUCAGUAUCUUGUAUCAACAGGCCCCAACAAUGUUCAUCGUUAAUAAAAUCUGAAUUUUC